UCCGCUUUCGCAAUUUAACGCUCUCCUUUUCCUUCUCCCUUGUUGGCUUUCCCUGCUCUCUCUACAGUGAGUUGGGAAAAGAACCCGCUUCGCCUGAAUCUUCUUCGCCAAUCUGUUUUUCCAAUAGAAAUCGCUCAAAAACCGUAUACAAUAAGCUGUUCAGUGCAUGCAAUUGUGGAUUCUAGUUCAAAAAUCCGAAGACGGUUUACGCUUCUCACUCCAUGGCGAACAAUCCAGGCGAAACUCCAUCCGACGAUUUCCUCGAGCAGAUUUUACUGUUUCCUGGCUACGCCGGUGGCACUGAUGCUAGUAUGGUCGCGAACGAAGCGCCAAUGAUGCUGCAACUUGGUUCGGGUGACGGCUCGGCUCACUUAGGUGGAGUCGGGGGGAUUGGAGUUGGACUCGGAGUUGGCAUCGGCGGCGGUUACGGAGUUGGAAGCGGGGGCGGUGGUUUUCCGCUAGGGUUGAGCUUGGAACAAGGGAAGGGAGGAUUUAACGAGGCCUCCGGUAGCGGGAAGAGGUUCCACCGCGAUGAAGUUGAAUCUCGCGCUAAUUCUAUCAAACAGACAAUUCUACUCUCUCAGGGCUUUCCGGGGCAGCCAAUGGCAAAUCCAGUUCCUGUAGCGCCACAUCCACCUGCAAUUCGCCCAAGAGUACGAGCUAGACGAGGCCAAGCUACUGAUCCACAUAGCGUAGCUGAGAGGCUGCGCCGAGAAAGAAUAGCUGAAAGAAUAAGAGCACUGCAAGACUUAGUUCCAAGUGUCAACAAGACAGAUAGAGCAGCUAUGCUUGACGAAAUUGUGGAUUAUGUGAAGUUCUUGAGACUCCAAGUGAAGGUGUUGAGCAUGAGCAGAUUGGGAGGAGCCGGCGCUGUGGCGCCACUUGUGACAGACAUGCCAAUACCAUCUGUAGAGGAAGAAGGCAAUGACAGCGGACAAGCUCAACCAGCAUGGGAGAAGUGGUCAAAUGAUGGGACAGAACGACAGGUGGCAAAACUCAUGGAAGAAAAUGUGGGAGCUGCAAUGCAAUUCCUCCAGUCGAAGGCCCUCUGCAUCAUGCCCGUUUCCCUUGCCUCGGCCAUCUACCUCAGUCAGCCGCCGGAUACAUCUGUUCCGGUGAAACACGAGUCAUCGGAGCCCCAUCAAAACCCUCCAAAUUAACAGAGGUCAGCCACCUCCCCUUCAGUCCAAAACAAGAGUGAGUUGAAAUCUUUGUCAGAUACCUUUGUUCCGCCUUAAUUUAUCAAAGAGGGUGUGUCCCUUUGCUAGACUAAAGUAGUGAAGGGGGGGGGGGGGG